GGCGGAGGUGGGCCCCUCCAGUUGCGGGCAGCGGCCACUGUGGGGGGAAGCGACAGUCACCGAGAAGCGCCCGGCGAGCUGCUCCCACUCUGCCCACGUGCGGGGACCGGCAGGGGCUUCCCGGAGUUGCGCGCCUGGACUGGGCAGCAGGGAAGGACCCGGGGGUGGCAGGCGAGUCCCCGCGUGCGGAGGGUGUCGAGGCAGGGGCUGCCGGGCAAAGUGCGCGGGCUGCCGUCCUGGCCACCGCCAAAGCCAUGGCUUCCAAACUCCUGCGCGCGGUCAUCCUCGGGCCGCCCGGCUCUGGCAAGGGCACCGUUUGCGAAAGGAUCGCCCAGAACUUUGGCCUCCAGCAUCUCUCCAGCGGCCACUUGUUGCGGGAGAACCUCAAGACCGGCACGGAAGUUGGUGACGUGGCAAAACAGUACCUAGAAAAAGGUCUUUUGGUUCCAGAUCAUGUGAUCACUCGCCUAAUGAUGUCAGAACUGGAGACUCGGAGUGCCCAGCACUGGCUGUUAGAUGGAUUCCCGAGGACAUUAGUGCAGGCAGAAGCCCUGGACGGAAUCUGUGAUGUGGACCUAGUAAUCAGUUUGAAUAUCCCUUUUGAGACACUUAAAGAUCGUCUGAGCCGACGGUGGAUUCACCCUUCUAGCGGGAGGGUCUAUAACCUGGACUUCAACCCACCUCAAGUGCAGGGGAUUGAUGACAUCACUGGUGAGCCACUUGUCCAACAGGAAGAUGAUAAACCUGAAGCAGUUGCUGCCAGGCUAAGACGGUACAAGGAUGCGGCAAAACCAGUCAUCGAACUGUACAAGAGCCGUGGAGUGCUCCACCAGUUUUCUGGGACGGAGACUAACAGAAUCUGGCCUUAUGUUUACACACUUUUCUCCAACAAGAUCACACCUAUUCAAUCCAAAGAAGCAUACUGAGCCUGCCAUGGGAAGAACCAAGAAGACGUGGCCGCCCACUCAAUCAUGCGUGUAGUCUUGGUGACCUGGCCCAAUUAGAAGCCAGCUGAGAUAGCUUGCAGCAUCUUUUCUAGUUUCAGUGUUGAAGUAAUGAGGAAAAUCUAGUAGGUAGAAAGAAUUCAGGAAGAGGGAAACCCUCCUCUGCCUUUGAAAAGGGCUCUGCGGGUGCAUCACGCCCUUCACAGGAACGAGUAUAGACUGGAUCUCCACCAGUGUUGAGCCACGUGCUAGCUACCAGAGCCUUUUUGCAUGCAGUGGUGGGCUCUUUGGUUUAUCCCACCUUCCACAGGCUAUGAAACCACAGCACUGUAUGCCUGAGAACUUGAAGGGCUGUGGUCCUGGCUUGUCCAUUGCCAUACACUCUGACAGUUGAUGCUAAUUGCACUCGGUGGUUGCUUUUCUCCAAUGACUGUCUCUCCCUGGCUCUCAGACAUCCUCGUUUCUGUUGUCUGAAUCUUCUCGUCUGCUUGCUCCCUUCUCAGGCUAUUCAGUCCCACGAUGGCUUCUGCAUUUACCCCUUGAAUUUCCUUUAUACAAACUGAGAAGUAGGUGACUGGGUUCAGUCUUUUCCUUCUCCCUAAACAGCUGCUCUAUCUUGAGCCCACCCUGUACCUUUUAUUGUUUAAAAAAAGAUCCUCCCAAAGUCUUCAGGGUUCUCGAAAACCAAGGGAAAUGCUUCCUUAUGGAAAUGUGGGGUGAUUGUAUCUUCUAUGUAGAAGUAGUAGUAAUUGUAUGGAAAUCACUGGACUAAUGAGAUGGUUGGGUGCAAGGAAAGGUGAAUAUUGAACAUGCUGCUAAAUAUUAACGCUGUCAGUGUUUUUCUUCUGUGAGUGACUAACCAGACGGUGAGAGGUCAGAAAAGGGAGCAAGCCUCUGAGGGCUUGGAGCAUCUUGCACUAGCUAUACAUAGCACCUGCACUGAGUAAGACAGCUUUACUGUUUUGGGAAUGCAGAGUCCUUUUGUUUAUUUUCUUCCUAUUCCAAAGAUGCAGUCUAUAGGUGGUCAUAAAGUCCAGAAAUGAAGAUACUAAGGUUUUAUCAGUCAUUGUGUGUCAAGAAAGCAUUUGUUAAGACUUUCCUUCCUGGAUCCCAGACUUGUUGGCCACCUUGUUAUAAUUUUUACUCUUUUCUGGGAAGAACAGGGAAAUGUCUUCCCACUGCCUUAAAAAGGUGUCCUGCAUCCGCCUGUCCCCAGGAGGUGGUCCUUUAUUAUUGGUGGUGACUUAGUGUGACAUCUCAUAGUCUGUGUGGGGUCAGGGUGUGGGGUGGGCUUAGCACUUUAGUGGAUUAAGAUAUUAUUCCAUUCUGAAGGUGUCGUGUGUUCUGUGCUCCUGAGUCUGUCUGCCUUCCUGUACUGCCUGGACUCCCGUGGUUCCUCUCAGUCGUUUUUCAUGUGCAUGUUCUGCGGCUGCCUUAGUGGAGAUGCAGGCCAGCAUUCCCACUCAUGUUCUCAGUACAGAGAAGUAAGCUUCCGGAGUGCAGCUGCACGGGGCAGGUGACCAUCUGGGCAGUGUCGUGAUGCUGAGCACCUUGGAAGCUUACAUCUGGCUGGCACUUGGUAGGGAUUGGGUGAUAAAAGCCCAGGCUUCCUGGAGGAGCAGGUCAGGAGAGGGAAACCCUGAGAUUAUUCCCAGGAACCAAGGGAAGUAGGGAGUAAAAGGGAUUCAGGGUAAUUGAAGAGAGGUAGGAAAACUUCAAACUUUUCUUCCCCUCUUGUAGAGUCUGGGGAGAGCAAUAGGGUGUGAGCAGUUCCUUGCCUUCACACUGCUGUUUCUCUAUGCAGUUCAAGCUCAGUAGACUACAGUAGCCCCAGUGAGACCCCAGGGUCAGAAGAGCAGCAAGGGGCAGAGACAUCUUUUCCAAAGUCUUGGGUGAUUUCAUGUCUAUUGGUGUAAAGGUGUUUUCUGCGGCAGGCUUGGCUGACUUUGUGGAAAUGGUCAUAAAUACUGACAGUGUCUUGACGAAGGCUCAGUGGAAGCAACGUCCUUUCCUUCUCAGGCCACACGUGGCCAAGAGUCUGGGUGGUCUCUGAGGUUCUGACUUUACGUUCACGGACUCCUCGUUCAGUUUGCUUCCCACAAACCUCUUGGGAAAGGCUGCAUGUUUAUUCCUCCAGUAUUUAUGUCAAAAAAAAGGUGCUAUGAAGGAGGCCCUCUGAGUGAAGUGCGCACUCGCCGAGCCUUUAUAAGCAUUGUGGUGAAUCUUCCCAGGCACAACCAAUAUUUCCUAUAAACAAGAGUCCAGGAUAUGAAGUCUUGCCCAGGCUUUCCUGCUUCUGGAACCCUUGGCCUUUUACAGGGUGUUAGUUGUCUCUCUUGACCUAAGCAACCUGGGGCCCUGAGCCUCUUAGGUCUGCUUGUGGCCUCAGGGAGAGUGGCUGCGCGAGGCUAUUUCUUUUUAUGCUCUUUGCCUAAGCAAAAGGAGUUCCCAGACACAAGACGUUAAGGCAGGCUGGGUUUAGACCAGGUCAAUCUGCCUCAAUUCUAGGUGUCAGGAAGCCAUAUGAAAGCUGACAUCUACUGAAACAUUAAAAUUAGCCAUAACUGUUACCCUUAUUUUUGGUGUGGCAAACUGCACAAUUCUUGCCAGAAUAAAUGCCAUCAACUGCCUCAGGGCACUCCUUGGUUUGACUGUUCUUUAUGUGGUUGGGUGUGAGGGGGACAGGCUAAGGAAGCCAUUGCCCAGGACUCCAUCCUGACUCCCUCUAGUGACAGACAGGAAGCACAGUGUCUUUUAAUAAAAGGCUCCUGUUUAAAACCUUUGCAGGGAGUACUGCACCUUCUCUCUGGGAUUUGGGAAAAGGGAAGAAAAAUUGAAAACCCCGGGUUUUGUGUGAACUGCAAGAAAUGGUAGGGCUCAAGGCUUCUCUAGUUUUAUGAGAACUUGUACUACUGAAUUUGCGAAUUUUGUUUUUUUUUUGAGCUGGACCGAUCUCUGGGGGACUACAUUGAGCUAUGAUGGCAUUUCACUGUGAUCCCCCAAGUUCAAGCUAGUCUUUAACUCAAUGUUGGUUUAAGUUUCCCUGGAGCUGACACGUCAGCUUUUCUUCAGUGACAGUUGGUGUUCCUCUUGAUUUGGGUAUAUGUGCUUAAUUCAGAGUCUGUUCUGUAUCUGCUAUCCUAACUAUUCAUUGUAUUCAUUGAUUUUUGUUUUGUUUUGUUACCUUGCUUGAAGAUUGAUUUGUAUUGAAUUUGAUAGAAAUAAAUGUUUUUCCGCUUAAUA